UUUAGGUUCCGUGUAGAAACAAGUGUGUGUGUGUGUGUGUGUGUGUGUGUGUGUGUCGACUCACGGGUGUUUGUAUCUGUAGAUUUGUAAACACAACUAGUUUUAUUCAUAUAAAAGUUUUAUCUGGUAAUAAGUGACGGUUAGAUGGACGGGCAGCAUCGAGCGAAAGGGAAAAGAGGAAGCGGAAGAGGAAGACGAGACAACCGAGAAGAGAGCAGAGAUGUGCGUCUGUCCAAAUCCCUGUCUUAUGCCUUGAGACAUGGUGCUGCUAAAAUGGGGCUUAAAAUGGGCUCAGACGGCUUUGUAUUUGUGGACGAACUUCUGACUCAUGGACAGUUCAGCUCAUUUUCAUUGGAGGACGUUGAGAGAGUGGUGUCUACAAAUGAGAAGCAGCGCUUCAAACUGCAGGACCAUCCUGAAAAUGGACGGCUACAGAUCCGUGCCAAUCAAGGACAUACUGUACAGGUUGAAGACUUAGAAUUGACAGCAGUGGUUCUAGGAGCUCCAGAUUGUCCACAGGAGGCUGUUCAUGGGUCCUACAUGAAGCACUGGCCAUCAAUCCGUAGCCGGGGCCUGUCUAGGAUGAGCAGAACACACAUCCAUCUGGCGCCUGGUCUGCCCGGAGAGGGCCAAGUCAUCAGUGGUAUGAGACAUAAUUGUGAUCUUGCUGUGUACAUCAAUGUCCCCAAAGCUCUAGCAGACGGAAUUCAAUUUUACUGGUCCGAAAAUAAAGUGCUCUUGACGCCAGGUGAUGCUGACGGACUGUUGGCUCCUCGAUAUUUCUUGCGUGCGCAAAGACUGACACCUGCAACAUGUGAACUUGAUCUGGAAUAGACAAUGGGAAAAGAUGGAUUUGAUGACCAAACAAAAAACUACAACUGAUCUUUAGCAAAACCAUGAACGCCUGUUAAUGGUAACCAGCAGCACUGAAAUGCAAUGGACUGGGAAACCUGUGUAGCUUAAGUUUCUUAGAGACACCCGAUUGCACUGUCAAAGACAUACUGUAUGAAUUGAAGCUUGGUCCCACUGAGCUCCAUGUCAUACAGACUAUCAGAAAAGAGGCAGGCACUGGUUGUGGUCUGCUCAACUGAAGCCUGCAUGAUGUUGGAUAAAGAUAAGGAAGUUCUUUUGUAAUGUUUUGUUAAAAAACUGCUGGUUGAUGUGUCACUUCUUGUGCUGGGUAUGAUAGACUUGUGGUUUCCUCAACUGUCACUUGAAUAGUUUGUAAUGAGAAUAUAGUUUAGUUCUAGAAUGUUUUGUGCGGAUUUCUUCGAUUAUUGAUGCAACUAUUUAUUUUUCUCUUUUGUAAUUUAAAUAAAUCUCUUCUGUAGGUAUGUUUAAUUAAUGCUCCUGUAGAGACAAUGGUUUGAGGUUUCACAUUUAUUGUCAUGUGUAUAAGCAUCCGUAUACAAUAAAAUACUUGUGCUACA